UGUCACCUACUACACAAUUACCAGCAAGUUCUACCACUGUGCCGAGGGACAGUGACUUUGAGAGAUGGUCCCUUCUUAGAAAGAAUGUUUGGAAGCAGGUGUGAGGGGAACAGCAGCUAGAAUACCGCAACUCUGGCUGAGCCAGUUGAAACUUUCUCUACGUGGGUUAAAUAACUUGAAAGUACAGCACAUACUUAUUAUACAGCAAGCAUUCCUGUUUUUAUCAUAUGUAGAUUUUCACUGAUUGCAUGCAAACCUACAGGUGUGUCUGCUUUGGGGCGCGGUCAGGUUAGCAGUACAUUGCUACAUUUCUGUGUGCGUCUCUGAAAGACUAAGAAGUAAAUAGCCCACAAUAGUACAUGUAAGUGACUGACCUGACAGAUAAAGGUCUAUGAGACCGGAGAGAAGAGGAUUGUGAGAAGUUUACAGAACAAGGCCACCGGAUACUGCAAGUCUUCUCAGGGAACACUGGAACAGGAGGAGAUCAUGGAGAAACUGACUCUACUGCUACUUGUGUCCAUUUACCUGUCAUCCCAUAGUCCUACCAGCCUGGCAGCCUUGGUACCCCCAGACUCUAAUCAAAUGUCUGAUACCUGGAGGAAUCUUCCAAUGGGACACAAGGUGGAUGGAUUUUUGUCUGUGGGUAUGCCCGUCAGAUAUUACUUUAACGUGAACAGAAGUCAAAGCACGGUGACUAUAAGAGUGACACCUUGUGAAUCGCCAAUCCUGUGGACACUGGAUUUCCUAACUGCUCAUGAUUCUCCUGAGCAAUGGGGAUCCCGGCAGAAGCAUCGGCACAGAGCUCCGAAGGCAUUAUUUGCCUUUGAAGGAAAUGGAGAGGAGACAUUCUCUUCAGUGAUUACUUCAGAUGGUUUUUUCUUACUCGAUAUUAUUUCACUUGAGUCCGACACCAGCUUCCAAGUCUUUGUCUGGAACAGUCAAGAUGACAUUCCACCAUGGCCUCAGCUUCCCUCUGAUCCACGUGUAGAUGUUGUGUCUGUACACGAUGAUAGGGUCAAGCUGUCAUGGAAGCCCAGUAUAGGACCUGCUGAAAUUGACCUUGAGUAUUGUGUGUUCAUAAAUAAAAAACAUAACUUCAAGACAUUUUGUGCUACCCAGUUAAACGCAAAGGAAGUUCUUGAAGGUCACCAAGACGCUGAAGAUGACAUGAACCUAAAUGUAAUUACAGAGCAGUUACAAAAUACAGCUAAGGCAUACCCCAAACGCUCUAUGAGUUUGAAGACUCCAGAGUUGGUUAAACAUGAUACUAAAGGAUUUGUUUCUUCUCAAAGCUUAUCAGGAAGUCAAAGAGUAUGUGUUGGGCCAUGGACCAAUGCCACAAUUCAUGGCUUAAAACCUAAGAGUCUUUACUACCUUGAUGUGUUUGCAGUAAGCCAAAAACAUGGUACUAGUGUGGCUUACACGGGAACCUUUGCAGAAACUAAACCAAAACACAAAUCCCAAGUGUCCAAGCUCUCCAAUGAUGAAAUGGUGAGCAUAUUUCUGAAAAACAAAGGUGUAAAAGUAAUUUCUGUUGACCCACCUUCCUAUGGAUUCAAAUGGCUUUUUGUCCAUUCCUGUCUUCAUAAAGUCCAUAUUCAAAUCAUGAUAAAUGGACAAGUCCAGCUGUCUCAAAGUCUUCAUGGAGCUCAGAAUUUUAAACUAGGUGGACAUUCAAAGGGUAACUUUAUUAUUAGUUUAAAAUCAAGUAAAGGAAGUCUAGGUUUGGUAAAGCUGUUUACUACCAACACGCACAACAACCUACCAUUUCCCAGCCUACCCUCUGCUAUUAAUUUGUCGGUUUCAAAAAGAUCAUGUUCCUCUGCAACUUUGACAUGGACAACCAGUGGAUAUGGAAUCAAAUAUUGUAUUUAUGCCAGACACAUAGAGCAGAAUUUAGAUCUGAGGCUCAUUCAGAAACACCAGAACAGCUGCUUAAGCACCAGCUACCGAUCUCCAGCUGAGAAAGUACUUUGCCGAAAAGGAGGAAGCAAGACUCUCAUAGAAGAACAUAUCACAGAUCUAAAACCUGGAAAAGCCUAUCUUUUCGAUUUGUACUUCAUUGGUCAAGACAACACCACAAUAAAAUUUCCAAGUCGAGCUUCAAAGACUCAUGAAUGGUGUAUCUGAACAUAAGUAUGUCCUCAGCCUAAGGACAUCUGGACUCUUGGCAGCUUUUAGGCUUGCCAUUAGGAUGUUGCAGGCAAAAUGCCAACUUCCUGGCAUUAGGUAAGAAACUGGUGGCUUAUAGCAGACCCUUUCUACAUUAGGGUGUUUUAAAAGAAAGCAGUUAUUUCUAAAAUGUUCAUGAUAUAAAUAUACUUACUAUAAUAAAAAAGGCUGUGUGGUGGGUCCUGCUAAUAUAAAUCAACAAAAAUUAUUUCAGUUCUUUACACUCUAUAUAGUCAGUCUUGAUGGCACAUUAACAAGGGGGCCUUAAAGGUCCAAAAAUUCUGUUUUUUUUAACCUGUUUCCUUAAAGGAGUUGUAAA